AAUACUCUAUAUUUUCCAAAAAGGAUUUAAAAUUUCUUCAAGAAGUUCGGCGAAUAUCUGGCAUAUUCAAACAUGAUUAAGAUGGCGUCUGUAGGGUGAAACCUGCAUAGUUUCUGUUUGAAACAUUCGUUAACUUAAUAGAAAUAAACUAACUAAAUAGUGCACUUGUUUGCUUUAAAUUUUGAUAACUGGUGCUAUCAAUUGAAAUUCAGACAUUUGCUUACUCUAUCAAAGUGAUAGGGAGUUGAGUUGGCUUAAAAUGACUGAGUUGUACAAACCUGGAGAUAAAAUCUUUGCCAAGAUGAAAGGCUAUCCACACUGGCCUGCAAGGAUUGACUAUAUCCGCGAUAAUAAUGUCAAGCCUCCCAAGGGAAAAUAUCCCAUUUUUUUCUAUGGCACACAUGAAACAGCAUUUUUGGGUCCUAAAGACAUUUAUCCUUAUGAAAAAUUCAAGGAUAAGUACCACAAACCCAAUAGUCGCACAGCCUUUAAUGCUGGAUUGUGGGAAAUUAUAAAUAAUCCAGAUGUUGUGUUUCAACCAGCGGUAACUAACAUUCAGCUUACCGAUGAACCUGUUGGUGAUGAUGAUGUUGGUGACACUGCUGAUGAUACUGAACAGGUGGAGGAAACUGAGACACCUAAAGGAAAGAAAGUGUCUGGAAAAAAGGUUCAGGGUCAGAAAAGAAAACGGAAGGAGAGCACCUCUUCAGCUGCUGAAAAGCCUGCUGCUAAAAGGGCCAGAUCUGCCACUAUACCAAAGGGAAAAAAGCUUUCUGGGAAGGUUGGUAAAACAUCUUCAACUCCUUGUGUGAAAGCUGAAGAAGGAGAGGAGGAGGAGGAAGAAGAGUUGGAUGCGCCCCCAAGUGAUGACACUGGAGAUGAGGAUUUUGCAAUGGAAUCUGACAGUGGAGAAAAAGCCAAGAGGAAGAGGAAAAGCUCUGUCAGUAGCAGAAAAAAGACAGAUGAGGAGACAGAAGAUGAUGGUAGUUCUGUUGGUACAAAAAAACGCCAGACCAAAGUGGCUGUUAGAAGGAGAAUACCAAAGCCAGAAGGAGCAUCAAGUAAGAAAAGAAGCAGAAGUAAAAAGCAAGAGGGAACUGGUUCCGAGGGCAGCUUGGGAUCUAUAUCAAGAACUCGUAGUGCACGUGUUCAGAUUGGUGAUGACGAAAUAGAAGACGACAAUGACAGUGGCGGCAUCAGCUCCUGGAAGAAACAGGAAGAAGAACGAAAGAAAGAGGUUGAAAAGAAGAUGAAGGAGGAAGCAGAAAAGAAAGAAAGAGAAGAAAAAGAAAGAAUACAGAAAGCCAAAGCAGAACUCAGAUUAGAGAGACAGAAGAAAAGUGAGGAUGGUGCAGAGGGUGGGGAAGACGAGGCUGUAGAAGAACAGAGUACUGAGAAACACAGUAAAAGAGAAAGAAAAGCCAAAAAAUUUCAAGACUUUGUCCUAGCCAAAAAGGACCAGGACAGAAUUAAUGCUGAGGCAAAAAGGAAAAAAAGAGUCAGUGGUGAUAUUGAGCAAGAGAAGAAGGACAAGAAGCCAGAGGUGAAAGAAGAGCCUAAGCUGGAAAAGAAAGAUGCCUCCAAGAAAGAGAAGUCACUCCCUGUUAGCACUGAGGAGGCUGGAAACAAGAAGGAACUUGACACUGGAGAAAAAGAGAAAGUAAAAGAGGAGAUCAAAGUGGAGACUACUGUGACUGGAGAGAAGAUUCCAGUGGAAGACAAUUCUGGUUCUAGUGUUCCCAAAGAAGAAGUUGAAAAACUAGAAAGCACUCCAACAGUAGUGGAGAAACAGGACAGUGCAACCAAAGGAGAUAAUAAACAGGAGAGUGCCUCUAAAGGAGGGGACAAGCAGGACAAACAGGAUAUUGCUUCUAAAGGAGGGGACAAACAAGACACUGCCUCUAAAGGAGGGGACAAACAUACCACAGUUUCUAAAGGAGACAAGCAUGAGACUAGACACAAGCAUUCUAAAGAGAGAAGAUCUAACCAUGAACACAAGCCUGAAGAAGACAGAGGCAAAGAAGAAAAAGUGAAGACACACAAUGAUGAAGAGAAGAAAAGAAAGGAAGAUGAGAAAUCCAGAAAGCUAGAAAAAGAAAAGAAACUCCAACUGGAGAAAGAAAGGAAGAAGCAAGAAAAACUGGAGCAAAAGAAGAGAGAGAAAAAGGAACAGAUAUCACUCAGCCUUGCUGAGAACACUCUCAUCCAGAUGGACACAGAAAUCAAAAAAGCCCUCAAGAUUGACAGCCUGGAUAUAAACAAAUGUGUUGCCAUUCUGGAGGACCUGUCUGUCAUUCCAGUGAAUCCUCUUUUGUUGAGGAAGUACCCUGCCAUUAUGACCACCAUCAAAAAGUGUCGAAAAUUCUCAAAAAGUGAUGCCAUUCGUCAAAAGGCAGAAGUCAUCUAUCACAAAUUUAAGUCAUUUUUCUUGGCUGAAGAUGCUGGAAAGCUUCUUGAACCUAAAUCAAAACUUAGAGAAAAUAAAGAAAAUGAAGUUGCGCAAACAAGUGUGGACAGCUCUGUUAGUGCAGGAGCAGUUAGCUCCUCUGGCAUUACCAACGGCAUUGGCACAAACAGCAGUCCCAAUGACGCAGGGGAUAAGACAGAACAGACCUGUGAGGCGCAGGCUUCCAGUGCCGUCUCAACCAGUUCUGACCUGAAUGGCGCAAACACUGUGACAGAGCAGGUGCCUGUAGGUGAUGCUAAAUCACUGACUACGCAUAUAAACUCUACUACUGCUAACUCUGAACAAUCUGUGUCAUUGGCCAUACCAGAGGUAGAUACAGACAACACAUCAGCAUUAUCCACAAACUCUAUUUUUGAGAAAGUUGUUUCCGGAUCUCUUUCAUCAACACAGUUUAUCCCAGGUUUGGGUGACACAUUUCAGGAAGGAGUGGAUUACAAAGCAUCGCAGUCUCUUAGCGUGACUGCCUCGCCCAGUGCCACCCAGGCUAAUAGCUCAACCAGUGACACGGAUAACAGCGCCCCAAAGAAAGACUUGUCUGCUCAUCCUUCUCACAGUGAUAAACCAUUGGCCGGGGAGCCAGUGACCUUUGACCCCCGCCGUCCCCUGAGUCUUCCACUUCCACCAACAGUUGGAGAGGAUGAGCUCGAUGAGGACGACGACAUGGACAUAGUUGACUCUAAUAUAGAAGAAGCUCACACCAUCAACCCUAUAAUUCCAGAUUCACUUGGACAAGUGAACUCAUUUUUAAGUAACAUGGUCUCAAACGCUGUCAGGCAGAUCACAGCUCUAGACAGAUUGACCAGCAACUAUAGCACAGCACCUCCAGUUGCUGUGGACAGCCACCAGUCCCUACCAGCAUCCAUCUCUGGGAGAAGAAGUCACCAGUCUUCAAGCCAUGAUGAGGACAAGGAGGUUUUGGAAUUGGAGGAUGACGAUGAAGAGUUGUUAGAAUCAAAGCGUAGAGACUUAAAUGCCAGGAUAGAAGAGUUGAUGAGGCAAGAGCAGGAGGGAAUGGCAUCAGAUGAGGAAGAGGAUGUUGCUGCAGGCGGUGGAGAUGAAGCCAUGCCCAGGGUGGAGGAGGCCAAAAGGUCGCAGGAAGAGGAGGAGGAGCCUCUAAUUGAUGAUGAUGAGCUGCAUAAUUUGUUGGGAGUGUGAGAGACAGUGAGGUCAUAAUAAGAAUGUGCGCUUCUGUGUCAGCUGUUGUUGUGUGUGUUUGUAUGUAAAUAUUUAUAUAUAAAAUAACUUACUGUACAUAGUGAAUGUCUUGUUGUUUGUUUAUAUUGAAGUGAAUGAGUUACAGAAUGCUGGAUGUUGAUAAUUUUAUUUAAAAAAAAACAAUUUUAAUAAUUCAUAUCCACCUAGCUGUUAAAUUGUCAUGCAGUUAUCAAAUCACAUUGACAAGAUGUGUAUGUUGUAAUCAUAGGUGACAGCAUUAGAUUUUGUUGGUGUAGGGUGGAGGGCUAUUUUUUUUGUAAACCAAAAGCUUGCCAGUACUUAAAAAUAUUUUUUGAAUAGAUUAGUUACUAGUGAAGGAGAAUUGAAUUAGCAAUUUGUUUUUAAAUAGAUUUUUUUUUCAUAUAAAAUAUAUGAUCAUAAUUAACUAAACUAUUUUUUAUCAAAAUAAAUAAAUUUUAGAAUAAUUUUACUGAAAAUGUUUGUAAUUUUGAUUUGACAAAUGAUUAAUCUAUUUUAAUUUAGUGAUAGUUAUUUAUUUAUCUAAGUUUUUUAGCCCUCACUCCUCACCAAGCCCUAAUCUUGUUGAGGCCCAUGAUUGUAAUUAGAUCUAGUGCAGACUUUUAGAGCUUUUCAUUGAGUGUGGCCCUGUGGAUAGAGUUUAUACUGUGAGCUACAUUUUGUUUUGUGUGUGACUUAUUUAGUCAGUGGUCUCAGUUGUGGUAUGUGGCCAUCACAUUGACUGUCUUCAUUAGCUCAGGAAGAUACCCUAAAAAAUGUGUAAUUAAACCCCCCUAUAAAUCAAGAUUAGAAUCAUUGAGAUUCUUAUUAGCAGAUAAUAAUCUAUCAUUCAUUAUCCAUAUUUUCUAGAAAUCACAAAAAUAGUGUAGACUCCAGCUCAAGUUAAUAUAAAAAAACACUUUGUCAGAACAGUGUGUAAAUAAUAUUUAAUUAAUUAACAUUAAUUCUUUCCUUUAAUCUGUGCAUUAUUUCAAGAUUAUUUUUUCUGUUAACUUGGCUGCUAUUUAAAAUACUUAAUAGAAUUUUCAACAGGUCAAUAUUCAAAUCCUUUCACCUUUUUAAUAGCGGAAAAAAUGUUCAAAUCAUUUAAAUGUGUGUCUUGAAAUAGAAGAAAUAAUGUCAUUCAAAUCUAUCUGAGCUGUGUGUGUCAUUUUGGGUCCACAUUCAUGAACAAUGUUUUCUUAAUAUAAACAAUAGAUUUUGUUACGCUGCUGGCUCCAUAAAUUUCUGAUUUAUUUUUGGUGUGUGUGUUUGUUCCUAUAGUUCUGUUUGGGUUGUGUAUGUUAGUUAAUUCCAUUCAAGAAAGUAAUUCAUAUGUAAAUAUUUUUAUGUCCCAUACAACUUCACUGUACUUCGCUCAUUUGCAUUGUUGAGUGCCAGUGUUGUAUAAUUAGUAACACCCCCGUCAUGAAAGGUGAUAUGAUUUUAUUGAAAUGAUUUUGUGUUUGUAUUAAUUGUUUUAUGUCCUAUCUAGAAGUCAGAGCUGAACAAUUGAAUACUUCGUUAAAUGUGGAACAGUCAUAGAAGUGAAGUUUGUAACUUUUUUGAUUUUGGUUGAAUUUAGACCAAAAGUAAACCAUUAAAAAUAAAAAUGUUGAUAGUACUAUUCUAGACAUUUUGGCUUAGUAUUACUAAAAGGUAUUGCUUUGAUUAACUAAAAAGAAGAUCAAAGCAUUUUGAAAGCUUAUAUAUUCUUUAAGAGAAAUGCACAGCACAAAACAUUUGAGUAGAGAUAAACUCUGGAUUUUUAUACAAUAUUGAAAGUUGUCUUCAAUAGACAAUGUCUGUAUUUUACAGUCAAGACAGAAAGAAGGCAGCUGUGACAGAAAGCAAAUGUGUUGAUAAUGUUACAUUUUAUGUUUGUGGUUAUAAAUAUAUGGUUCUCAAAUGUUUUUGAGUUAAAGACUCCCAUUUUAUUAUAUAUUGACAAGAGAUCACCUCAAAUAUGUUAGGACCACAGAAACCAUUCACUACCUAAUGAGCUGUCAGGACUCAAAGGCUGGGAACUUAUACUCUAAAUGUAACCACUUGCAAAAUUUGUUUUAACAGUUAAUACAGGAAUUUUUCUGUUCUUAGGGAAUACAAUACAUUUGUUAAUUAUAUAAAUUUAUUUUUUUAAAUUUUGUUUUAAAUAUUUAGAACCUUUUUUAAUAGACAUUUCAAAUGUUUUUUUUCUCAUAACAGCAUUCUUAAUUGGGUUUCAUUCAACAAUAUAAACUCUAAAUUUACCUUUACAAAACUUGGUCUCACUGUUAAGUGGAACAUAUUAUAUAAGAUAGACUUUUUUUUCAAAGUUGAAAUGGUUGGGUCUAACGCGUCAGAAUUUAUUAAUGACAAGGUUUAUGUCUAGCCAGCACCAAUGUCUGUAGCAGUGCAAUUGUUGUGUUUGGCCACUCCUUAGCUUUGUCACCUAAUUGCAGUGUCAUUAAAAGAACUAGUUUUGUUUGUUGAUGUCAAUCCAAAUAUGACUGACUACAUUUUGAGGAUCCUGCUCAUUUGAUCUCAUUUUUUUUCCAUGUUCUAGUUAUUAUAUCUGAAUACUUCUGAGCUAUAGACUUGAUGGUGGAGUUGUUUCAUCAUUCAGAUUUUUUUGUUAGAGUUACUAAAUAUGUAUCAAUGUGAAUUUAUGAUUUGAAUCCUAGUUUUAAAUCAUAUUGUGUGUAAACGAAACAAUGUGAUUGUCUUAGGAGUGAAAUUGCAUUUAAAACAAUGAAUUUGAUGUCAGUGUUACUUGACCAUUAGAUAUUUAGCCAGUGUCACCUAGUUAUUGAAACACACAUAUAUAAUGUAGUGAAUAUACUCUUGCUAGCCCAGCCUAUCAGAUACACUUUGAGGGUGAUCAUUUUGCCUAUGCAAAACUUGAUAUUUAUUCUAAGUCCAACAAUAGUGACGUAACUGUACAAUCAGAUUGUAGUUCAUUGAAUUAAUGAAGAAAUUGUUUUGUUUUUACCACAUCUAUGCGGUAGAUAAAUGCUGAUCUCAAUUGCAAAAUUACAUUACAAAAUACAUUUGUGCUAUGGUUUAUUCAAAUAUUCAAAAGCUUAGCAUGUUUGACUAAAUUCUGUUUCCUUAGAGCAUCUUUUAACCCUAUCCUGCAGUCUUUGCAUAUAAUUAUGUUCUAACGUUUAUGAAACUGGAAUGGAGGAGGAUGUCAAAAAGAAAGAUAUAGUGGAGCUAUGGACAAAGAGUUUUAAAACUGUAGCUUGAACUUUGUUAAUAUAUUCACAUUUAAAACCCACAUGCUCAAAAGUUGUUUUAUAAAGAUGGCAACAAAUACAAGUCCAAAGUCAGUCUCUCUGUUCUCAUCUACUGACCUUAGUGUCUUGCUUUUCCUGACCAUAGUUUGUUGUAGAUUGAAUUGCAUAACUUGACAAAACACACUAACCAAAGUUCUUUUUUAAGUUGACUUCAUUGGUUCUCUACUUUGUACAUUCAUUUCUUGUUUCGUAGGACAAUGUUAGGUCAUAAAAUUCAUUAUUAAUGUUGCAACUUCAUUCAGCACACACAUAUUUUGUUCAUGGGAGACAACUGUAUGGAUUAUGUUUGUUACAGAAUCAGAUGGUGUGUUUGUUGACAUUGAAAUAAACUUUGUCAAAUGUU